AUGCCUCUGAGGAAAAAAGUGCGACCAAGUUCUGCUUCUGGGAAGUUAGAAACCUCCGUGCUGACCAGCAUUCUGAAUGAGCUAAUAGAGCCAACAUCUACAAAAGACUCUCUGUUUGGACGGGCGCAGACUUCAUUAGGAGUCCCCAGGUUGCAAACGGCCUCUCCAGUUUCUGUUGGCAGCUUCUCAGAAGGCCAAAAGAAGAUUUUCCAACCUCCAGAAUGGCUUGUGAAGGAGUUGCUGAAACGGCAGCAAAGGAGUCACUCCAUUGGACUCAUGGAAAACAUCUCAGAAAGUGAAAGCAUUCAUCACCGCACCGAUUCCUCCAGAAGUCACUGGAAAGGCAAGAUUGAACAGCAGAUUACUCUUGAUCAGCUUCAGAAACUAUGUGCAGUCUUUCAGGAAUUAGAAAGAAAUGGACAUAAAUCUUUGGAUGUAGAAAACUUCAAGCACAUAUUAAAGACAUGUAUGGGAUCACAUAAUGCAAGUGAUGAAGAAGUGGAGAAACUGUUCAUGAAAAUAGACUGUUUGGCAACUGGCAAAAUUCAGUGGCAUGAUUUCUGCACAUACUUGCAGAUGGAAUAUGCUGAACAGGACAGCUCAUCUACCCGCCUGAAAGAGGUCACCUUCUCGCUUCCUGCUACAAUGCAAGAGAUCCCACAUGGAGAGCCCAUGCUGCGCAUUUGCUCCCUGGUGGAUAGCACAUUAAUAACAGCGCGAGAAGAUGGGCAUAUUUCCUUCUGGUCACCAGAGCUCAAACUCAAACGAAGCAAGAUGGUGUUUGAGAAAAUUCACAGAAAAUCUAAGUGGCUGAUGGAUUUUACUGUCAUGACACCAUACAAUAAAUUAAUUCUGGGAACUGGGGAUCGUGAACUUCAGUUUUAUGAAAGCUCCAACUUUGAACCCUACCUUCAGAUUAGUGGUUUGGAAGCUAUACCUCUAAAUGUAGAUUACUGCUACACGAAUCAUGAUGAAUGUAUGAUUCUUUAUGGUGAUGACCAGCUGAAUUACUAUGAUUCUAUUAAGGCAGUAAUUUCUGCAUCAAGCCAUGAGCCUACAGCCUUAGUUAUGGGUUGCAUUGUGGGAGCUACCAAUGUUGAGCAACAAAUGAGAGAAAUAAAAGAAAAAAAAGAUUCAAGGAUGAGGAAAGCACAGGAGAUGCUAGGAACUCCGUCCCAGAGAGCUGAAGGGGAUCAGAUUAUUUUUCGAGUCCAUAAAGGAGUCAAAACAUUUGCACUCAGUAAAAAGAACAAUGCCAUUGUAACCGGUGGGAUGGAUCGAGUUAUUCGGAUAUGGAAUCCAUACAUGCCUGGAAGACCCACAGGCUUGCUCAGAAGUCACAUGGCCCCCAUUUUCUACGUCCAUGUAUCUGAGGAGGAUAAAAUAUUUUCCAUAUCAACAGACAACACAGUUAAGAUAUGGGAUAUUGAGGAUCAGACUUGCUUAUUCACUGCUUGUUCCAAAACCAAUGGAAUCAAAGGAGAAAUUAGUGCUUGCCACUACAUAUCAGGCACUCGAUCACUCUGUGUUGCCACAGAUACACUGGCCAUUCUUCACCUAAGAUUACGAUCAGCUCCAGAUCCUUAUAUGAUAACUUCCCAUAAAAAACCAGUUUUGUGCUGCAAAUUCAACAAAGUAUUCAGGCAUAUUGUGAGCUGCUCUGAAGAUUCUGUGGUCAAAGUAUGGGAUUUUGAAAGUGGAAAGCCUGUGUUUGAAUUUGGCAAUGCUCAUGGUGAUUCUGCGAUCACAUGCCUCACAUUUGAUUUCAGUGGAAGAAGACUAGUUACUGGAGGAAAAGAUGGCUGCUUGAAGAUAUGGAAUUAUAAUAAUGGGCAGUGUCUUCACACUUUGAAAAAGGAAGACAGAUGUGAUGAAGUCCGUGACUGUGCUUAUGUGGAGGUCAACAAAAAUGAGUAUAUCAUAGGUGUGGGAUGGGACAGAAGAAUAAACUUGUUUUAUGAUUCCACAGAUGACUUCCAUCAUUUUAAGAAACCUCAGGCCCACUGGCAGGAUGACAUAAACUGGGGACACAAAGAAGACAUUCUCUGUGUUGCUCAGUGUCCCCCUAAUUUCCUUGCAACAUCCAGUUAUGAUGGUGAAAUUAUUGUUUGGAAUAUGGUCUCAGGUCAUAUAGACCAUAGAUUUUGCAUUCCAAUGGCCACAGCUGCCUAUGUUCAUUCUCAGACUGAUGUGACACGGAUAAUCUUUCUAAAGACUCGUGCUGUGAAAUUUGAUUCAACUACAGCAUCUCUGGUUUCCAAUGGGACACAAGGUUAUCUGCAUUUCUGGAGCCUGUUUUCGGAGGAUCCACUGAUAGCGAGUUUUCAACCAUCUAGGGGAAAAUCCCUGAUCAGCAGCAUGGCUGUGACUGCAGAUGAUUCAUAUAUAUAUGCAGCUGAUGAAGAUGGUUUUGUAUAUAUCUAUGACAUCCAAACUUAUGCCCUUCAGGAUCCAAAAGAAGAAACACCAAAAUAUGUGAACCACUGGCGAGCACAUUUAGGUCUGGUUCUAACGUUAGAAGUUAUAGAUGAAGAUAAUAUCCUAUUGUCCUGUUCUAUUGAUUGUACAGUUCGUUUGUGGAGCCUGAAUGGAGAAUACAUUGGAACCUUUGGCCAGGAAGAACCUUGGGAAAUUUUUAACCCAGCCUCCUGGAAGCAUCCCAUGGUCCCUUAUGAAAUUUUGAUAGAUCCACAGAGUAUGCCCAUACAUCCUAUGCUGGAAGACAAUUCCUCUGACAUGCAGAUCAUCAGUCAAGUUGAGAAUCAAAAUGUUUCUACUUCUAAGAAGGCUACCUGUAAUCCACAUUCCUCACAAAUUACUGUUACUGAUGAGGAUAUUGAAGAAGAAAUUAACAAGAGGCUUUACUCACAAGCUUCAAGCAGGCGGAUGAAGUAUGAGAGAUCCAAGCUUUCAGACAGAUCGAUGAAACACAGGGGACCAAGCGUUUAUCAUGCCAUCAACUAUUACGAAAUUGACAAUUUCCCAGGAAACUGUGAGAAACCUGACGUGUCUGUUCUUGGUGUAGACAUAUUCAGUACUAAUUAUCAAAGAGCAGCAGAGCAGUAAUAUACUAAAACACAUCAGUGACCUUUUAAUCUCGUAACUGACAUGUACUUAAUGAACGGAGAAUUUCCCCCCGCUAAACCUAAUAAUUGGUACUAUUUUGCAGACUUGGUUCACACAUUAUGCUAAGCCAUGGUUUGCUUAAUCAUCUUUUACUGAAUGAGGCACACUUAAUGAAAGAUAACCAAGUUUUUCCAAUCCACUACUACAGGUUGUUACAUACUAGGCUAGAGUGCAGUUGGCUCAUUUGUGCUUCUGUGUCAUACAAGCACAGCUGCAGAGACUAAAUCUGAACAACUUUUAUGUGUGAAUACGUGGCUGCAAGGCA